AUGUCGAAGUAUAGGGCCCCCCUCCCUCCGUACAAUUUCAAAAGCAAAAUAGAGAAAAUCGACGAGGAGUUCCGCAGGAGUGGCACCUUCAGAAGAAUAAACAACCGCAAGAACAAUGAAAUCAGGGAUAUGUUCAUAAAACUGGGGGCCGAUGGAUAUUCUGACGCGUCCUGUUUUUACUCCCUGGGAAACACCAAAAUAUUGGCACUCAUAUAUGGACCGAAACCGGACUCCAAGAAUGCAACUUACGACAAGGGGAAGGUUUUUUUGGAAAUAAAAAGUUUGAAUAUGAAUGACCAUGGGGCCAACGACGAGAGCGAUGAAAAUAUAAAAAACCUGUUACUAGAAUGCGUUUCGAGCGUUAUUCUGCUGGACCAGUACCCACAGUGUUCCAUUAACAUAAAGUGUCUAAUCAUUCAGAACGAUGGAGGCUGUCUGAGUGCCACCCUGACAUGCAUAUCGCUUGCAUUAAUCAAUGCCCAAAUUAAAAUGCGGGACAUUAUCGUUUCCGUAAAUGUGAAUUCGAUCAUUUGCCCAAACACGAAGAGAAUGUUUCAUCUUGUGGACGUGGACAGUUUGGAGGAAAAGUACUACGGGGGGAAAUACGACACGAACAGUAUAACCCUGGGGAUCUGUCUGAACCUCAGAACAGUGUGCUUCUUUCAUGGAUCCGGGAACUCCUUUAACAGCAAAACGUUGUCCGAGAUCAUCAGCUACGCCGAAUGCGCAUGCAGGUCCCUGGGGUGCGAAAUAAAGACAGUACUAAAAAACUACAUGGCGAAGAAGCAUGAAAUUUCGUGCACCUAG